AGCCGAUCGGCCGUCCCGUCGCGUCGUCCAGGCCGAUUCGAUUUCGCAGUGUUUCGUGGUUGUCGAAAGAGUUGUGGCUCCGCACAAUCCGUACAUUCCUCGCUGUUGUUUCGUUACUGUCGCGUGCCAGUGAUAUCACGGUGCUGGGCGAUCGUCGUGUCGCUGUAAUUAGUCUACGCGCGAGCGUAGUCGGCAAGGUUAUGGCGCAACCAGGAUAUCACGUUCCGACGGGCGGACGCCUAUAGACUGCGCCCGUUCCUCACCCCCUACUUUCGCGUGUACACAAGGUCGUGUUGUCGUUCGCGCGACCGCGGCCGGCCGGUGCGUCACUUGCGCGUGUAUCGUCGCCGUCUCGCUGUCUCGCGAGCGCGCCAAGAGUGGGGUGUUACGCACACAAGUCGCACGCGUACGCAUCCGCAUCGUAGACGGCACUUACGUUACUCCACGAUUGAUCAACGUGAACACGAAGCAUCGAACCGACCGUUAUACGUUACGGGCAGGUAUUUCUCUCGUUUCGAAUCGAAGCGGCAAAAAUUCGCGGAUCUUCGUUAAGGGUCCUCGUCGUAGCGAGACAUGCCGGCUGCGCAGUUCUCGAAUAGCGCGUGGCGUCUGGGUUCGAGUGUGCCGCAAGGACUCGAAUGUGAACCCCUCGCGCGGGGGGAGGGCGCGGAAAACGCGCAAUUCGCCCGCCAGUAAUUAAUGUGACGAAACGACGAGACGUGCGUCGUUUAUCGUUAGCGAUGCGUACGGUUGACUUGUGUCGCGGGUAUAUCGUGCUUCGAUCGUGUGUUUCUGAAUCGAUUGUUGCGUCUUAAUCGGCAUCGGCGUUGACUCGCGUAGUGUCGCGCGAUCUCCGUGAAAGUGAAGUUGCCGCUUUCUGGCCAGGCACUCGACCACUCCAGACUUUGCGAAAUUACGAGUGCUACGAGAGUUGUGGUUACGCACAAUGCACACAUUCCGCGUUAUUGUUUCGUCGCGUCGAAUGCCAGUGAUAUCGGUGUCGUGCGGAGUACCCGGUGAUCGUCGCGUUGCGGGAAUUAGUGCACGCGCGAGCGUUAACCUUAUUCUCGCGAGUGAUCGGUGUGUUGGUAAGUGCCAUGGAUGUGCAACGGCGGGGGGAUGAGAGGAAAGGAGAGGAAAAGACGGCCAGGAUGGUAUCAGGUGGAACAACCCUUGGAUUAAUGUAGCUGUGUUACAACUCCGCUGCUGCGCAUCGGUCCGGAUACAACGACGUCGUACGCGCGAUAUGUUACACUCGUCCUCAGGCGUGUCGAAAAUUUUGCCGGAUACGACGCACGCGGACCGCGGGGGAAGAGGUGCGUGAACCGGAGCCUAGAGGGGGCGAGUUCAUUACCGCGCAGGCGCACGGGUCGCCUGUGUCGCGCUACCCCACUUUCAAAAGUCCCCGCUCAGUCGCGCGCCGACCACCGAGUGUUGUGUAUGCUGUCCGUCAAGCGUUCUCGCGCGUGACCGUGUCACACUCUCCGGUUCCGGUAUUCCUUCGGGAGUGUCUCGACGAUCCUUCUUCAGAGUGAAGUCUCCAUUUCCGAUUCGGGAGAUUUGGUGGCGACUCGCCGCGAGCGCGGAACGAUGUAGAACAGUGUGGAACAGUGUGGAAGUUCGCCGAUAGUCUGCCCCCCCCUUCCCACCCCGUGAGACAAACGCGUCGCGAACGUCGACGAACGCCGGCGCGGAGGCGUUCGGCGUACCGGUUUCGUACCGAAAUAAUCGCAUCGCGUCGCGUCCCGCGUGUAUGUGUGUGUGUGUCGUGUCCUGCGGUUUCCGUAACCUCGCGGCAUGGAUGACAUCUUCGCCCGGACUGCUCCGCCCCCCCGCGAGGCGGAUCGACGCGUAACCGCGGAGUGUCGCGCGGUUUGACGAUCUCGAGCGGCGGCCGAUCAUCCCACAGACGGGUUACACGGACACACACGGUGCGCGUGGUGCGGCAGUGAGCGCAAUCGAUCGACCAGAUCAAUUGAACGUCGGCGGACUUUUCGUGAGUCAUGGCGCGUCGGUGCAGUCGCCAAGCUUGAUCCGCGAAAGUCGCCGGGCCAUCGGCCGGAAAUGAUCGAUCCGAGUUGGAUGACUUCGCGGCGGGUGACUCCUCGUCGUUGAAACGCUCGCGGAGAUACAUCGGCGAUCGCGGUGUCGAUGACCAACGUGCGGGUGAUGUGACAUGAUCGCUGCUGGUGGCGUACGACGACGGUGUGGUGUAGAUGUAAAGACUUGACUGAUCGGUGUGCUACGAUGAUGUUGACCAGUGCUGCGACCGGGAGAGUCAUGAUUGCGCUGGCGGUGUGGCUGCUGCUGCUUCGGGCUCAUCUGGUGGCGGGCUCCGAUCACUUGGUCCUGUUGUCAGGCACCCUGAAGACCUAUCAACGCGCGGCUUGCGACGAGGAAACGAUGACGUUAAAAUGUCCGCCUGGCACAAAAAUCCUCGUCGAACACGCUCAAUAUGGCAGAACGGGAAUGUAUGGCAUCAGUAAAUGCAACUCGUCCGUUCCUCCGAUGAUCGCGGAGGACAAACCGACGAAUCACACAUGUAUUUGGCCGCAAUCAGUGCAGCACUCACUGUUGCAGAUGGUGGUUGGAGUCUGUCAGAAAAAGCGGCAGUGCAAGUUCAACACUAACCCGACGACUUUUCAAGGUGAUCCUUGUCCCGGAUUACGGAAGUAUAUCGAGGUCGCGUACAAAUGCCGUCCCUAUGAGUUCAGGAGUAAGGUGGCCUGCGAGAACGAAGUCAUCAAUCUCGUUUGCUAUCCCGGCCAGAGGGUGGCGAUCUUCAGUGCGUCCUUCGGUAGAACGCAAUACGAGUCCCUGCAGUGUCCGCAGCCGCUGGGCGUGCAAGAGGAAAAUUGUAUGAUGGACUUUGCAACGGAAACCGUAAUGCAAUUAUGCCACGGUAAACGACGGUGCUCGGUGGUGGCUAACAGCACAACGUUCGGCAAACCAGAUCCUUGCAGCCCAGACAGCAAAACGUAUCUCAAAGUCGUGUACACCUGCGUUCCGAGGUCGGUGUUACGGGAGCAAUUCGAAGGUGAGAUCGAGGCGGACGAGUUGGCGUUGAUGCACGAGUUCGAGGAAGGAUUCGACAGGGCGGACUUCAGGGCCGAGUUCAGUCCGAGUCCAAAUCUCGAAGGACCGCAGCCGCCACCGCGGGACAACGUCUCUAGAAAUUUCCCGACCGUUAGCUCAUCUCCACCCCGGGCACGGACCAAUAAUGAUGUGGACGCGCGGUUGAACAUGUUAAAGUCGCUCGGUAUCGGAGCGAAAGAUUUACCAUUGCCGCCUUUACCGUCCACGGUUAUCCAGGCGAGCGCAAUGGCGAGCGACAGCGGGGUUGGUAAUGCCGCAUCCACGAGCACCAGCGCAUCCGGGAAUUGCACUACCGUCGUCUACGCGUUUCCGAAGGAUGAUCACUUAGUGGUGGGAUACCUAAAUGAGUGGAUCAGUGCCUACUCCUUCAUAACGAACAACCAAGAAAAGUUCUACCUCUACAUUAUUGUAUCGGUCUGCGCCGGUAUCCUGCUCUUUCUGGGGUUGGUUAUCGGCCGUCUAUUAAUCAGCCGGCAUCGCGCCAAGCGAGAUGCAAAGUUCCAGACGAACAACGAGACCCUCCCGAAUGGAUUCACCGACGAUAUUUCCGAGAUCGACGCCGACAUCGAUCUCACCACGCCGGUCGCGGUGCCAAUGCAGGACGCAAGGUUGCCCGAAACUCACUUGGCAGAGAGGCUUCACGGCGAGCGUUACUACGCCGACACGAGGAUACCGUUGUCGCCGACAAGCAUCCACGCCACGUCGGUACCUCACGCAACCAACACGGGGAUGCGCGUUGACCUUGGAAACCAUAUGGUUGGCACGGAUAAUCUUCACACGAUCCUCCGCACGGAGAAUCCCCGGAACCUCAACAGCAAAAGCUAUUACUACGGCUGACAAGAGGAAGGGGUUGUCCCGCGCGAGGGACGACCCCCGUCCUUGAGCCCGGUUCCGGAAGUUAGCACGCGAAAAUAUUGCUUUUAAUUGACAAAAAAAGAAAAAAGAAAACGGGAAACGCCCAUACGGCAGAGGCGGGCACGCCGCACCAAGCCGCUGUAAAUUACGUUGAAGACGUUGAAUAAAUUAUCAUUUGCUGCGCCGAAUUAUGGUACACAUUGUGACAGUGCGAGCUCAGAUUUUUGUCGUCGGACGCCGAUGGUAAGCGACUGUCGAUCGUUUGUUAAAACAGAUUGGACUUGUAUAUCUGUAAACGUCUCGUCCAUUGCGAGGAUUUGCGAAAAUUCUCGAGUAGAAAUGUAUUAUCUCUGUCAUCAGAAAGGAUGGUGUGCAAAGAGGAGUGAAUGAAAUAUAUAUAGUUAGCAAUGCUUGUUGCAAUAUUGCUACGAGAGCAAUGUCGCGAUCGAUUUGUAAAUGUGUACGAGAGGGCUCGUGUGGUUUCUUCGACCAGGACUGGAAUAGCUUUAAGGAGACCACCGCAAGUAUUUACGUUACGAACUGUGCGCACAUGACAGUUAACAGGAGGAGAACAAAAAUGCAUCAUGCAAUCAGACAGAACGCGUGACAACGUUCAUCGAAUAUUGUCAUUUCUGAAUAACGAAAAUGGUAUCGAAAGUGGACAUGUAUCGCGUACAAUGUUUAUUUCUUGGAUUACAAAACUGUAAAAUCGGUGGAUUGAGUUUUCGUCGUUUACUAGAUAGACAUAUCUUGUGGGAACUGUGUUAUCGACCUCCACGUCGACACUCGCAAUCUACUCGUCGUAUACCUUGUACUCACUGUAUACUCAACUGUAUACCCACGGAAGAAACUCACGAAGCGCGAGUUCCAUAGAGCAUAUCGAUAAUCUGCCGAUAAUAUGCAUUCGCCGGUAACAGACUUUUUAUUCACAACUGGUUCGUAGCGUAGUCUGUGCUCUAUAUCGGUGAAAGAGAUCGACAGAUCCAACAUUCGUUCCGAGAGAACGUUGACGAUGCAUGUAAAGCAACUUGGAACAUUGAGUUGUUUGUGUGAGGAACGUCUUGUGUAUAUAAUUUUCUCGGUAUCGAAAUCUAAGCUGACCAAUUUCUGCGAAAUCUGUUAGAAGACAACCGUUAGAAAAGUCAGUAUCGCCCGAUCACGUUUCUCAAAACCGAUCGUCGUCGCUCUGUGCGGCACAGUUGAAAAUUAUUGACCACCACUGAUGGAGCAGCGGUCGUACGCGUGAUCACGCCCACUCACUCAAGAAAAAUCUCUUAACGAACUUACAGCGGUUUUGUGUAACAAAGCUGCCCAUAGUCGCUGCCAUAGCCGAGACGAUUUUUUAUAGAAAUUGAUAUGUAUGUACAUCACACUGUAAAUAGGGGCAUGUAAUGUACAGAUAAGUGAGCGAGAAAGAUGGGAACGCGCGUAACGAGACUUAAAUCGGAAACAGUCGGAGAGAUUGUAACUGGAGGGCUGUCCUUCGUGCCAUAGAAUCGAUUUUGCAAUUGUGCGGGAAAGCGGGAGAGCGCGCGUCUGUCGAGCCAGCGAAAACUCUCCCUUGCGGGCGAUCACAAGGAUUAGUAUGUAAUAAGAGCUCGGAUUUUCCUUCCUCCAAAGGCGUGUGGAAACGAGUGCACCUUCUCGCCCGUGAUGCGCAAUCUUGUUUGUCACAUGUGCUUUCUCUCAGUCGGAUAUAUUGAUCGCGAAGAUUGUACUGGAGCAAUGACAGAGUCGCACCGCUGUUCAGCGAAAUCGGAACGUCACAAGAAAGUCGGCGUCUAUCUAGAAGUAAUCUGACGAAGUAGAACUGAUCGAAACGUCCGAUACCGAAUUUAAUUACAUUUAGAGUAUCACAUUGACUUAAAUGGAGCUUAAAAGUAUGGGUCUAUUUCUCUUUUCGGAGAAAAUUCUAAAGAUUUUUUUUUCUUUUUUUUUUUAGGAAAUUUAAUUUAAUUUUUUUUUUCUAAAAAUAUAAAACUUUAAUUUUUACAUUGUUUACGUUAUCUUUUGUUGUUAUAUAUAGAUAACAUUUUUUUAUAAUUUUCUAUUUUGUAUUGUUACAUACUUUUAAUAAUUAUAUAAUGUGUUUUAUAAUUUUACGGUUUCUCGAAGCAUUUUUCUGAUUUUAGCUGAACAGAAUAGUAUAACACCUACUUAGUAGUAGGAAUUAAAUUAGGAUUCCAUUUCCAAUUAGAUUGCUUAUCACACAUGACCAGACUGUUAUUAUUUGUAUCGCUCACCGCAAUUUAAUGCAAUUUCGCUCAACUGCCUCCCGUAGUGUAUGUAACGACAAAUCCGAGCUCCAACAAGCCCGUUCUCGUUGUUUGUUUGUACGUCGUUCGGUAAGUCGUAAUCCCCCUGAACUUACACACGCAUACACGUACAGUGUCGUUAUGACAAAUCGAUCUCGCGAGCAUCCGGCGACGCGGAGUCGCAUUUUCGACACAUCAGCGAGGUCGUUAACGCAAUAACGCCCACACUGAUCGUUAUCUUUAAGAGACUAGGCCAAGACUAGACCUAACUAAAGGUUAGGUAAUACGUCGAAGUCGUUUGAGAACAUCUCCAGUGAUUCGCCACAAUUUGACACUAUCUCAUGUAGGAACGCGAUCACCGGCGGACAUAUAUCAUUCUCGCGGAUUGAUUUUUCAUCGCUGUCCACCAAGACGAAAAAUAAUAUGCGAAUCUGAAUAACCCGUGCGAAAAGAUACGCGCUCACUCGCAUAUACUAGACAAGCACACGUACACGUAUGCACAUCAAACAUGUUUUUUUCUUUUUUUUACAUAAAUAUUUAUCUUUAGAUAAAUAUUAACAUUUCUCUUUUUAUAUAUUUUAUGUACACCUAUAUUUUUCCGUAAGAUCUAACGCUACAGUUGUCGUGUUUUAUUUUUGCAUCUUUGAAAGAAAAAUUGAUAUUUUUUGCGAGGAAAUUCGUUAGAUCAAUUGACGCAUGUGUCUUUUUUUUUUCUUUUAACAUAAAUAUGUUUCUCGUCAACAAUUUUUCGAGAUCUCUUUUUCAUCCAUCCAUCCAUUUCUUUUUAAUCUCCUCGUUCUCUUGUAUGAAUGAAUGUGACAAACGGAUCACUCUAGCGAAAGAGAGAGAUUAUCGGUCAUUGAAAAGAAUUAUUUCCAGGAAUUUAUUUCAUGUAAUCGAUAUGUUACUCUUCAAAAUUCAACCUCUCUCAUAAUGACUUGUUUUCGUUAUUAAAAAAAAAAUUUUUUUGUCAUUAAACUGUUGAUCUAAGUCACACGAAAGAUUGAUCUAUUUAUUUCAAUAGAUUUAAUAACUAAUGAUUAAUUAUUUUCUAAUUUGUCGUCUCUAGCAUAUUUCGCGUGGAGAAGUACCGAAUUUAAAAGCUCUCGCUACCAGCAAUACUAUCACGCGCAACGUCGAUAGAAACACAACUCGAUUUCCGCGAAUCGGCGAUUCGAAUCGUGGCGUUGUAACCGAACGUGUAAUCGAGUGCCAACAGAAAAUAUAAUUCCCGAGGGUUGUCGUCGCGCGACUACGCUCAGCGAAAGCCAAAAGCUCACGGAAAGUGAGUUUCUUCGUGGUCGGGAUGCAAUUAUGUAGCCUCGUGGGCGCACGCGCGUGUUUUCUGUUUUUUUUUUCCCUUAAUUGGUCCGCGUUAAUUAAGGUUUACCGCAAAGCUGUGGCGGGGCCGGAAGAAGAUUCUCUCAUCAGGGAGAAUGGCUCUUCUUCGUUAUUAUUGUUCCACUUUCCACAACGAGGCUGGCGCUUGCCACGCGAGUCCCACGCGGUUUUCUUUUGUGCGGAAAUCCCCUCCCCGCGGAAUUCAGCGGUGGCGCCUUGCAUUUAUGCAAAUAGCGUCGUAUAACGUUUACGCGUCUCGAAACGUUGGAAACUCGGGAACAUUUGCGCGCUCUACUCUCGCUUUUAUUUCGAACAUCUACUUUAUUUCUACUCCACGCGUUAUUUUCGUCCUUCUAUUCUCGUCGAGACACGCCGAUAAUAUCGUUCUUAAUUCGUCGUCCUCCCCGAAUGGGUUCCUCGUACGUUCCUCCAGGGACAAUACCGUUUCCGGAAAAUGCACACACGCUCCAUUAAUAAUAUAUAGCGUAUUGCGCAUGAAGUCACCGCCGAUAUACGAGUAUUUCAACGGCGGAGCGAUCGAUGUCGCUUUAAAGUUCGUCCCGCGCUCGAGGGACGCGUUUACAGUUGUGUGCCGCGCGUGUCGCAUUAAUAUUUCGUUGAAUUAGAAAAAAUAAUUUCGCUUGGGAAAUCGUUUCGCGUUUCUGCUUAGCGGCGAGAUGGCGACGGUCUGAUAACGUCCCUGGCUUAUCCAGUCCGUAUUUACAUGACAAGAUGCAAAUCGCACGCGCCGCAAGCAUCCCCGUCUCUAAAAUGCAAAUUAAACCCCGUGUAAAUACGUUAUAAGAAGUGCCGCUUAUACAGUUUUUUUCACGCUUGCCUCGCCGUUUCUCCAUUGCUCCGAGCUGCCGUCGGCACGACCGAUUCUCUCCUUCGCCCGCUGAAUUCACCGCCGAUCUGUCUUUUCGCGUCGAGCCCUUCCGCAAACACCACCCUCAUUAUCAUAUGGCCGUAGGCGCGAGCUCGCCCUUUAAUUUAUUCUCGCACUUCGUUUCUAGCGGGAUGAAUGAAUUAUACCAAAGACGCUUCAUUGAGCGGCGAUCGAUCGAUCGAUCGGUGGUUGAAAAGCCGAGCACGCGGGUAAAGCGGCGGAUUACACGCGUUCCUCUCUUCCGCCGCGAAUUGACUGGCAUCCGUUAAAAGCAGGCAAGCAAUAUUUCGUCAGGAGGCAGGGGAUUUAUUCGUGUAUAAAUGUGCGUUAUGUAAAAUGUGCAUAAUACUGUGAUGGUACAUUAAUGAAAUGUUGAAGCGAUGCGGCGCGGACGCGUGGAACAAAUGUUUAUCGCAAUUGCUCGUAACAAACGCUUGUUCCAGGCGCUGCCGCGCUACUCUCUAUUAUCUUGCGCGUUCCAUCUAUUAAUGUCAUUAUGCGUUUAUGCAUCAAAGAAUUUUGCAUGUACCGACGAUGCGCCCGAAGCUUGCCACGUAACGCGAAAUCGCGUUUUAAUUUUUGAAUGAAAUUUCCACGUACUUGGAUUUUUCCGCUUGUCUGGUUUUCGCCGGUAUCGCUCUCAAUUAAGGAGCUACGUACCUUAAUUCUCGAUGCUGAAAAGAUUACUUUUUGAGAAUUUUUUUUUUUAAACGGAUAAUAAUUUGAUAACUAAAUAUUUACAAAAAAGACAUGUUUUAUUGAUUAAUGCAUUAAAAAAGAAUUUUUUUUAACUAUGUUUUGACUUAUUUAAAUUUACUUCUAUUAGGGCUGCUGUCAAGCCCACAUUUCAGAGUCUUAACUCAAUAAUUUUAACGAUUUUCAAUCAUUUUUAAUGAAACAAGUUUUCACUUUAUAAAAUGCAUUUCUCUAAGACUUGACGAAACAUUUUCUUAAAUUUUAUAAUUACGAUUUUUAUAAACAUUUAACGUUUGCAUUUAAUGUUUAAUAUAAACAUUUAAAGUUUGCAUAAUUUGUCAAAAAUAUCGAAUAUUUUUAUUAUCUCGAAUUUUUUUAUUUUUGUUUGUCAGAAUGCAAACACUGGAGGAGGAGUGUUUCGCCGGACGGCCCAACAAGUUUAUUUUAAAACAUUAAAAUCAUUAAAAUAAAUAUUUUUUUGUACAAUAACCAUCGAUUAAACAUGUUCUUCUUGUAGACAUCAAAUUUAUUUAUCAUUCUUUUCGAAAAGCUCCCAAAGCCGGGAGUUUUUCAGCGUCGAGAGAAAGUAUGCAAUCUCUUAAUGGACGAAGUCGGAGAAAACUAUCGGAGAAUCCGCGAACUUCGCUGAAUGGUCUUGCAAAAUUUUAUGCGUGCGUUUCAUCACGCCUCUUUACCUCUCGUUCGGUAUUAAUUAGUCUAUUCUCGUUGAAGCAACUUGUUCGGAGUGCCUGAUAUUACCUAACGAGAAGCAUUCACAAAUACCGUACGUACUCGCAACCCCGGCGUCGUGCAAACCCACGUAUUUUGUACGCAAUUCUCCGCGACGGAUGCGCGCGUGGAAUUGCUGGCUUAAUAACGCGCCCGAGCUCACGAAAUGAGCGGUUUUGCUAAAGUACUUUAAAAAUUUAAUUAGAUGCGAACCUAAAAGUAAUUUUGUUGAUUCAUCAAAAUAAUUAGGAAAAAUGCUCGAGCAUGAUGAGCAAUGUUGCAAAGUGUUGACGUUCUGGCAAUCGCUUUAAACGGUUUAUAUAAUUAUUUUGAUAGUCUAACAAAAUUGUUUUUGGAUUUGGCUGAAUUUUUAGGUAUUACUUUAGCAAUACUGUACCGUUCUGUCCGGGUUUUAAGUUGACUCUCGCGUGUGAAUCUUUAUAUUUGUAUUCCUUUGAAAAAGCGAAAGAAUCCGUGAUACGGAAAAUCGGGCGACAUGCACAAUUUCUCUUUUGAAUCGAUCGUUCGUUACAAAGAAGGGAAUAGCGACGCGGGAUAUCCCGUUUUCAAAGAUCUUCCGAUUUGCCGAUCGAAACGUUUUUGCAUUUUAAAUCGCUGCUCAAUACGCAUUUAUACGCCAGUGUUCCACACGCUCUUAUUUCAGGCGGCAAAAGUGGCUCGUGUACGUACUGUAACAUUGUGCUUCGCGUUAAACACCGUAAUGUUUUGUAUGCAAACGGAUGGGAGCGGAUAUGGAAGACGGAGUGAGUGCAUCUAAAACAGAAAAAAAAAAGAAGAUAGGAAGGGAAAAUGUGAAAAUGAAAGAAUGUUGUCAUAUUAAGACGUUUUUAUUGUAAGUAUAAUUUGUAAGCACAACACCUGUAAAUAUCGCUGUACUAUAAAUAAUCGUGUAACCCGUCGAUUCGAUUCAUUUCCGACUGCGAAUCGCACGUUUUUACAUUAAUCGAGGAACACACGUGUUGAUUUGACGAACGGCGACUUAAAUAAAUUGUUAAUAUAAAAAGUAAUAGUUACGGCGUAUGUGCACACACGUGUAAGUGUGAGUUAAUAUUUUGUUAUAAAGUGCAAGCGAGCCAGACCCUUCCCGCUCGCGUAUAUAGAUAUAUUGUCGUCACGGAGAAAGUUUGGGCCACGCGUCAUCUGUUAACGUCUGGAACGACUCCGGUUCUUGAAGGUACGAUUAAUGUUUUCCAUUUGUGUAACUGUCCCUGUUGGAUAUGAUUUACAAUUAUAAUAAAUAAUUUAUGGAAAACGCAGCCCGUUAAGCAUUCAUUCUUGUUUCGGUUAGUCUAUCUCCGGGAAGAAUGUUCAUAUUCAUAUUUUCGAGAUAAUGAAAGUCGUGUGGGAAAGCGCGACACGCAAGUGAUAACGAUAAAUGCGGCUGAGAAAUAAGUUUUAUCUUGGUCUUUAUUAUGUAUUUGCUUCAUUAUUUUGCGCAUUAUCGUACAUAAUAGAAUCUCAUUAUGUUAAGUUGCAGGAGAGAAGUUUCUUUAGUUCUAUUUCGAGCGAGAAGAUGCCAUUUGUCAAAUAAAAAUUGUACUGCUAUUUCUUUCAAGUUUUAUAAUGCUUGCAAAAGAAAUUGUAAUACUUAUCAAUAAUUUACAAAUACAUGCAUAGUUGGGAUUAAAUAAUAUUUCUUUUUUUAAUACAUAUUACGAUAAUUUCUGGCAAAAUAUACAUCUAUAAUUACGUGUAGAACUUUAAUUUACAUUAAUUUAAUUUUCUAUAAAUUUGCCCGAGCGUUAAUAUAAUUAUUGAUCAAUAAUUUGCAAAUACUUUGGAUAUUAAACAAUUUCUGGCGAAGCAAUUCACACGUUUAGAAGAGUCAUUUUUUUUUUUUAUUCACAAAAUUUAUCUGUGUCUUCUGUGAAUGUCCCAAAUGCUCUUGGCUGAUGCGCGUGUGUAAAGUGAUACAGUGCACAUAGCCAACGAUAACAAACCGUAGCGGCUUAAUGCAGUUACGAGUAAUCCUCGGUUACAAUUAAAUUAGCAUCUAAACAACCGCGUGCGCGCUUAUAUUAUUGAUUAAGGAUUUAGUACAUUUAAUUACGAGCGAUACGUCGUGGCGAACUGUGCUCUUUAAUCGCUUUCGCGAAACAUGGAUUAGCAACUAUAAUCGUAAUAACGCGCGAGGCGGGAUGAUAACGGGUGAAUGCGUUGCACGUGGAGUUAGAUUGCCCUCGCGGGAAUACCUCGCAGCUCGAUAGUAAACUAGUAGUCGGGGCUUUGAACUUGUUCCGAUAUUACGCUUUAAUUGCUUGCGAAUCGCCAGAUAAUUAUGUGCGCGAAAGUUGCCGCGCGUUUCCCUGAAACAUCUCCCGUCGGAAACUUCCGCUGGUUUGCGCGCGAGGUUCUUUUUUUUUUCCUUUUCUCGCACCGCACUGCACGAGAUUCGCCGGGGUGGAUUUAAUUGCGCCGGAAAUUUUGAUUAAUCGAGAUCGGCUUUUGUACGCUCCGUUUAAUUCUUUGUUCCUUCAAAGUUUCCCCGAACGAACCGACGCGAAUUUUUGUUGCGCGCACCCGUGCAAUUUAAAGAACGUUUUAUUUCAAUUGUUCUAUUUGAUUUUUCUUCUAACGACUCGUGGUCGGAGUUUGCCUUUGUUAUUGUUGCUCGUUACCUCGAACAACCAGAUAUAUAUCUCAUCGUUGCUAUUGCCAGCAAUUGGAUCACCGAACUAUGGCAUGAAUAAUAUUUUUAUCGAUUAACGUAAUAGCCUAUGCGAAAAGCACUUAUUUAUCCAAUUUGCGAUAAUUAGCCAAUUAUAUAAUUAGCAAUGGCAUUUGUUGCGGAUUGAUCGAGUCAAGCGUGCUUCCUAUGACACUGGCGAUGAAGCCAAAAUUAUAUAAUGAAGCAUAUUUGUACGAAUUAAUUACCAACAUGGUAAGUUGGCCUGCCGUCGCCCAUUUCCAUGCAGCUGAAAAGUUAAUUAAACGUUAAUUCGCACGCAUUUCUCUUUGAUCCGAACAUACAAUAUUGACCAUGUGCUUGAUGAGCGAUUCAAUAUUCGAAAAUAAUAAAUUGGAGAGUAGAAGGCCACUUUUAACGCAAAAAUAGAAAUCUUAAUCCAUGCCGCAGUAAAUAUUAAUUAAAAUAUGCAUGGAUGUUCAUGUACAUACAUUCUUCGUUUUUCUCAAUUUUCUGAAAUUUAUGGAUAUUGCGGUUAAGGCUUUAAGCGCCUUCCAUAUAUAUUGUGGCGUAUAAGUAUUGAUAAAAAUUUCGGACAUAAACCGGCAAGUUCCAAAGAGGAAAAAUUCUUAACUGCAGCGAUCGUUAUCAUUUUUUUUUUUUUUCUUAGAACGUGACACGAAACGUGAUGCGCGAUUGAUGCCGCUACGCGUGACAAUACUUUCUCCCACGCGAGGCCAUAAAACGUGGGAUAUAACACAAUUAUGCUAGCAGGUUGCGGAUAUAAAAAAUGCACGUCGUUGCUAUACGUUUACAGACAUAAAUGCAUAUCUACGCUAUGUAACAAUUGCGAAUUCAAAGUACACAGUUCCAGUGAUUCCGCAUUAUUUUUUAUGGAAGGAAAUAAAUAACGCGUACGACGGUUACCGCAUACUGAACGAAUAGCUUGAAUUGAAAAUUUGUUUGAUCCGAUUAUAUUUGUAUGACGUAUCAAAUAUAAUGCCGAAAAAUAUAUUCGUUUUAUUCUA